AUCGAACUCAGGUCUCUCACUUGUGAGCUGACACUGAAACUCACCCUCGGGGAAAGUUCAACUGCAAACAUUGGUCAAAUCUGGAUCCAAAUAACACUUGAGAGCGAUGGCUUAUGUCUGAAAACAUGCGGCACCGAUCCUUGUUGCUAGCUGUGUGUGGAUGGGCAGUCUUCAUGUUGCUGUUUGUCAGUAAAUUCAUUACUUUGAGUCUCAGAGAUAAAGAAGAAUAUGGUAACAAACCACACACAUUGGAUUGGACUGCAACCAGAUAUGUUAAAAAAGCAGAAUAUCAAGGACCGACUUUGCACAUGGGCAGUCAGGCUUCUCAAAGCAUACUGGAUGAAGUGGGAGAUCACUGGGAAUCAAUACAUACUGAACGUCUCAACCUACUCAAGAAUAUGUGCAGAAAUGCCUCGUUGCGGAACCUGACCCAUUCUCGUAUUACAAAGUUUGUCCUUGACCGCAUAUUUGUGUGUGAUAAGCACAAAAUUUUAUUCUGUCAGACGCCGAAAGUUGGUAAUACACAAUGGAAGAAAGUUCUUAUUGUUUUAAAUGGAGCAUUCAAAUCUAUUGAAGACAUUCCUGAGGCUUUGAUUCAUAAUCAUGAGAAGAAUGGUCUGCCACGCUUAUCAUCAUUUAGCGAAUCAGAAAUAACAAAAAGAUUAAAAACAUACUUCAACUUCUUCAUUGUAAGGGAUCCCUUUGAAAGACUUAUUUCUGCAUUCAAAGACAAAUUUCUAAAGAAUCCUCGAUUUGAGCCAUGGUACAGACAUAUCAUUGCUCCUGCAAUUAUACAGAAAUACCGAAAGAAUCGCACAGAAACUAAAGGACUCCAGUUUGAUGACUUUGUCCGCUAUUUAGGUGAUCCUAACCACAGGUGGCUGGAUAUUAAAAUAGGAGAACCCAUUAUCCACUGGGUAACAUACGUAGAGCUCUGUGCACCUUGUGAUAUCAAGUAUAGUGUCAUAGGACACCAUGAAACACUGGAACAGGAUGCUCCAUACAUUCUAAAGAAAGCAGGAAUAAGUGAUUUGGUAUCUUAUCCCUCAAUCCCACCUGGUAUUACAGCUUAUAACAGAACCAAGGUGGAGCAAUAUUUCUCUGGAAUCAGCAAGCGGGAUGUAAGGCGCCUCUACGCUCACUUCCAAGGAGAUUUCAAUCUGUUUGGUUAUGGUGAACCUGAUUUUUUACUAAACUGACUUACCCAAGUACUGUGCCUAAAAGAGGUGUAGUGCUAUGUUUACAUUUUUUGUGUUUUUUUCUCGUUACAGACACUGGACAUUUUAGUGUUACCACCAGCAGAGGUCAGUAAAGGCAGACAAAAGUGAAAUGAAGCCUGAAAUGCCUCAGCAAUUAAAUCCAUGCAUGCAGUAUUAAAUGAAUGCAAGCAUAAUAAGCCUUAUCCCCAAGGCAGCAUUACAGUGCAAAAUUAAUUGUUUUUAUACAUAAAUAAGCAGUAGUGUGAUGCAUGUGGUACAUCGAAACAACAUUACAGGUCACCAAAAUCUAAUGUAAAUGUUUCUAGAAAUAAGUAACUGAAAGCCAAAUGAACACUGUGUUUGUUGUACAGCUUUCUCCAUAGGCCUUUUGACUUCUUGAAUUGUAUCCAUCACAGAUACAAACUAAUUCAUAUGUGACUUGUUAAGUCUGUUUGAAAUAGGUGUAAGCAGGUGUAAGCAUUGUUGCUUGGAAAAUCCCGAUUUAAUAUCAGAAAUAGGAAAAUUACAAUUUGCUUAUUUUAAACUGCAGUAUCCAUUUCAAACCAUCAUUUGUCAGUUUUAUUAAUUAAAAGUUCAAAACUAGCAGCACUGCCUGUGAGAUUGAUUUAACCUCUUUUUUUCUCCCUGGUGUGGCUUACAAACCGUGCUCCGUUAUUCAGUUGAGAGAAAGACACACAUACACACACCAAGGUUUUUUGUAUUGUGAAGAAGCAAAGAACACACACCUAAUUGCAUUGAUAAUGGCCUGCCUAAUGGGCAGCCAGCAGAUGUGAUCCAGCUUUUUUUGAAAUGAAGCACCUUGCAUGGAUUCAGUGAUGCAGCAAGUGAAGAAGACUAUUUUGGACAACUUGGGAUUCGAGCUUUCCGGUGGUAGAAAUCAACCAUAGCAAUUGCUUGAGUUACCAGCCAAUCUUCUUGAAAGAUCUGACCCAUAGAAGAGUAAAGAUUAACUUCACCAAUGGUUUAAUUUUAGUGUUGGUAAAUUACUUUAAAGAA